AUGCUUGCAGAAAGUUGUGGUUCAACAGUUGAUUUGGGUGGAUUGAUAGUUUCACUUGCAAAUAAAAUAACUUGUAGGGUGGCUUUUGGAAGAACAUAUGAUCAUCAUGGGUCGAAGUUCACAAAUUUAUUGAUAAGGUUCAUGAAUAUGCUAGGUGUUUUUUGUGUUGGGGAUUACAUUCCAUGGUUGUCAUGGGUGGAUCGACUCAAAAAUUUAGAGGGCAAUGCAAAGAAAAUUGCUACAGAGUUUGAUGAUUUUCUUGACUGUAUUCUUAAAGAACAUAUAAGUAAGAAAAAAGGGGAAGAUGCUAAGAGCGAUAAAGACCAAGAUUUAGUUGACAUCUUACUGGAUGUCCAAAGAAACGAAACAACUGGCUUUACCCUUGGCGACGAUACUCUUAAAGGGGUCAUAUUGGUAAUAUUUCUCCCUCUACAUCUCCAGAUUAACGAGCUAUGA